UGUGUGUAGUGUGUGUAGUGUGUGAAGUGUGUGUGUAGUGUGUGUGUAGUGUGUGUGAAGUAUGUACGUGUGCGUAUGUGUGUGUCUGUGUGUGUAGUGUGUGUGAAGUGUGUAUAUGUGUCUGUGUGUAGUGUGUGUGAAGUGUGUGUGUCUGUGUGUGUGAAGUGUGUGUGCGUGUGUGUGUGUGUCUGUGUGUGUCUGUGUGUGUGUGUGCACGCAUACAUUUUGAGACAGGGUAUCAUGUAGCCCUGCUUAGCCUUAAACUUACUAUGUGGCAGAGGAUGGUUUUGAACUUGAAUUUAGGGUCCUAGGCCUGUGCCACCACACCUGGGUUAUGUGGGAUUGAACUCAAGGCCUUGCGCAUGCUAGGUAAGCCUACUGAUGGCACAGAUCUGAAAAUAGAAAGUUAGUGUAAAACAAGACUGAAGUAACUCGUUAGGAUGAACUCGUCUUACAGAUUGUAAGGGUGUUUGAACUGUAUGUUUGGGGAAUGGAGGGAGCCAGUGGAACUCUUUAAAAAUCUAUGUGGUAAGUGGCUUUUUAGAUCUCCUGACCUUUCGGAGUCAUCUUAGAUGUCUGGGUUGUUUUUUGUUUUUUUUUUUCUUAUCUUAAUAAUUCUCCUUGCCUUCUAGGUUUUCUUGAGCAAUUGUGUAGUGUUUAGACAGCAUAAUCUUUUAUAAUUCGUUUUUAGUUGCUUUGUGUCCAAUUCUAUUUUCCACUGCUGUGCUUUCGUUUUGUGUAGUUAUUUAUUGUGUUAUCAUGAAAUUACUUUGGUGAACUGAGACCAGUAUCUUUGAAAAGUGAAAUAGAUUAGACAAUAGAAAUGUCAAUAUACAUUGAUUUAUGAAGCAUUGAUCUUACAAGUGUAGAUCUCUUUUCCUGUUGACCUGGCAACAUUCAUCAAAGCACAAAUGCACGCGACCUUUGACCUAUCAAUAGGGAAUCUCAUCCAAAUAUAUAUAAUCGCAUAUGUGCAGAAAUGAUGUAUGGACUGUGUAACUCAUUGAGCAUUGUUUUUAGUAGCAAAAGACUGGCAGUAGCCCAAGCGUUUAUCAGCAAAGGACUUCUUUUUGGAUUACAGAACAGUUCAUACAGUGAAACAAUCAGUUGUCAACAAGAACGAAGAAUGAUUCUAUGUCCUGAUGUUGAAAGAUGGCCAGGGUGUAUACUCAAGGAGAAGAAAAAAAGCCUGGUGCCAAAAGAACACUGCAUAUGACGUGCCACCCUUUGCAAGAAAAAGGACUGUAAAAUCAUCAUUCGUAUUUACUUGCACAGCCAUAAAGAAACUCGGGGGAGAGAUAGUAUGGGCUCAGAUCUGGGUGGAGGGACCACUCACUAAAUGGGUAUUUGAUUUUCCCUUGGUAAGAAUACUUGGGGUUACCAUCUUCAUAACUUUUUUUCAAGACAGGGUCUCUUGGGCCCAGGUUGGCCUGAAACUUGCCAUAGAGUUGAAGACAACCUUCUGCUUCUGAUCCCCCUGCCUCUACCUCCUGAUUCCUGGGAUCACAGGAUUGUACCAUCAUGCCCCGUUUAUGAGAGCUUGGGAGUCGAAUGCAAAGCUAAGCAAACUGUCUACCAGCUGAGCUGCGUACCUCCCCACAUCGUCACACAACUUCUCGCUCACAGUAAAUGGAAGAGCUGGAGGGCGGUUUAUCCCAGACUCGGAAAGCACACAGAAUAGAGCAGAUGGUGGCAAGGUGGCUUCGGCGCUCCCGGGACAGCUCAGCUCGGGCUAAAGUCGCUGCCGCUGAUGGGCCACCCGGGAAUCCAGCCCAGGCGCUCACGGCAGUGCAGCACACAGUGACACUAGACAAAGAUGUCCUCCUCCAGAACUAUGGAUUCCACAUUUCUGAGACUCUCCCCCUCACAGUGGUGGCUGUCACAGCAGGCGGCUCUGCUCACGGCAAGCUUUUCCCUGGUGAUCAGAUUCUCCAAAUGAACAAGGAGCUGGCUGAAGAUCUUUCGUGCGAACGAGCGGUCGAUAUUCUUAGAGAAACGGAAGAUGCUCUUUCAAUUACAGUCGUCCGCUGCACAUCGGGAGUCCCCAAGUCGUCCUUCUUGACUGAGGAGAAGAGGGCCCGGCUGAAGACCAACCCGGUGAAGGUGCACUUCGCUGAAGAGGUGCUGGUCAGUGGGCACAGCCAGGGGAACUCUCUGCUUUGUAUGCCCAACGUGCUCAAGGUGUACCUGGAGAACGGACAGACCAAAGCUUUCAAGUUUGAGGCAAACACAACUGUGAAGGACAUCAUCCUCACGGUGAAGGAGAAGCUGUCCAUCCGAAGUAUCGAGUACUUUGCACUGGCCCUGGAAGAACAGUACAGCAUCUCCCGCCUACACCUUUUGCAUGAGGAGGAGCUCAUCCAGCAGGUGGUGGAAAGGGAAGAAUCACAGGACUCCCGCUGCCUCUUCAGGGUGUGCUUUGUCCCCAAGGACCCCCUGGACCUGCUCAAAGAAGACCCUGUGGCCUUUGAGUAUCUCUACCUACAGAGUUGCAGUGAUGUCCUUCAGGAGCGCUUUGCCGUGGAGAUGAAGUGCAAUUCUGCCCUCCGGCUUGCAGCCCUGCACAUCCAGGAGCGGAUCUAUGCCUGUGCCCAGCCACAGAAGAUCUCUUUGAAGUACAUAGAGAAAGACUGGGGAAUAGAGAAUUUUAUAUCUCCAACUUUACUCCGAAAUAUGAAAGGCAAAGACAUCAAGAAAGCCAUUAGUUUCCACAUGAAGAGAAACCAGAAUUUGCUGGAACCCCGGCAGAAGCAACUUAUUUCUGCUGCUCAGCUACGCUUAAAUUAUCUUCAGAUCCUUGGAGAACUCAAGACGUAUGGCGGGAAAAUCUUUAAUGCUACUCUGAUGCUACAGGAUAGAGAAUCCUACAUUGCCCUUCUGGUGGGGGCCAAGUAUGGGAUUAGCCAGAUCAUCAAUAGCAAACUCAACAUCAUGUCCACGCUGGCAGAGUUUGCCAACAUCAGCCGUGUGGAGCUGACGGAAGAGUCUGAGAAAGUGAGCGUGGUCAAGAUCUACCUUCAGGACGUCAAGGUUCUGACUUUGUUGCUGGAAUCCAGCAGUGCAAAAGACCUGACCUGCUUGAUAGCUGGGUACUACAGGCUGUUUGUGGACCCGGCCAACCCUGUUUUCCUCUGGUCUGGAAACAGACAGCAGACUCACCGAGUGUCUGCUGAAGAAGGCUACGAGUCCAGGGCCUGCAGCGACUCAGAGGAGUCCUCUGAAGUGGAUUGCGUACUGGAGCCCCUUUCUGACCGAUGCCUGGUGAAGCUGAGCCUCUGCAGACCGUUCGUCAGAGAGGAGCAGCGGCCUGGAGACAGCCCCACACCUGAGGUGACCAGGAGAGGCCCAAGCACCUGCGGGGCCAGCAGCAUGACAGACAGUGCUGAAUCCGAGGCAUCGGACUCAGCCAACACCGAGAGCCGAGGCUGCAGGACCAGUGGGUCUAGUGAGUCCAUGGACGCCCUUGAAGAGGAUGACUUGGAUGCAUGCUCCUCCAGCGGGACCAGCUUCUUCCACUUCGGCCCACCAGGCUUCUCAAAGGACCUUGAUACCAACAGCCAAGAGGAAAACAGCAGGGUCGAGACCAGUGGUUUCCUGUGUUUGCUGGAUCUGGCCCAGAAUGCCACUUCUCGGUGCCAGAAGAUAGAAGGCCCCCAGAGCCUUGCUUCGGAGGCCUGCAGCUGGGGACCAGAACUGAGCAUGGGCAGGCUAGACCCCAGGUUGUAUGAGGGCAGCCGGACGGACUACUAUAGCCUGUGUUCCAGCGUCUCCCCAGGCAGCCACCUGAGUGACUCAGGCUCAGAGAGCACAACCUCCCGGCAGGGAGCUGCACCUCCACCGUGGUGCCCACAGGACUGGAUGGAGACUCAAUCUGGCUCCAUGCUGGAAACCCUGGCCCUGCCUGCUCUGCCCACACUGGCCUUGGAGGAUGGCAGCUCUGAUGAGGAAUACUAUGAUGCAGCUGACAAGCUCACACCGCCAGACACACUCUCAGGGCCCAGAGCUGCUGAUCUGAGUGCCAUGAGAUUGCAGAGUCAUUCUAGAACCCGUGGCUCCGAGGAAAGCCUGCAUCCGGACCCAGAGGGAGGAGAGCCAAGCAGGCAGGGAGGGGUGAAGAAGUAUGCCAAGUCCCCGAGGAAAAGAAGGUCUUUCCUACAGACAGAUCACACCUCCCAGGUCUCCUUCCCCAUGGAGCCAUCCGCCUCCCAAGAGAACAUGGAUGAUGUGUGCUACUAUGACAGAGAGCCCUACCUGAGCCUCACUGCCCCCUCCCCAACUGUGUCCUCCCUGCAGGACAUGAAAAGUGAACCAGGCCUCCUGGAGACCAAAGCCUUGGGGUUGCUGGCUUCCCUGAGGGAGACAAAGAGCAAAAAUCCAGCCUCCAGGAUCAUGGAGAUGGAGCCUGAGACCAUGGAAACCAAGUCUGUCAUUGACUCUCGAGUGUCUUCUAUCUCUGCCAUUCGCCUCCGAAUUGACCCGGGCAACACAGAGAAUCUUGAGGCCAGUCCCUCGGCUGUCACCACCGAUGGUUCCUCAGCAAGCAUCCCUCACAACCCCCAUCCUUCCAACCCAGGUUCCUCCAGCCCACAGGCUGCUCAGGUCAGGCCCCUUCAAAGCAUAUCUCCAGGUCAAGACGCAGGGGGUACCACCCCCAAAGGGCUCACUGCAGAGCCUCAAGACAGCACCUUCCCCCUCUCUAGUGCUGACCCUAAUCCAGACACCCCAGGGCCGCACCACGCCCCCCAAGGAGACACCUCAGAGCUGGAAGAAGUGCGAUCAGAAAUGGGGUCAGGAUCUGUUUUAAUAAACCACAUACAAGAGGUUACCCCCCAAAUCGCAGGGCCCUUGUGUCCCAGCGAUGGGCCUACUACUAGUGGGGAACACGGAGUGACUUCGGAAGAGAUGGCCUUGGAUGCAGCUGAAGUUAGGCAGGAAAAUGCCCCCAGCCUGUUCCAUAAGGGGUUUGGGAAGGACUCAGGUCAUUUCAAGGGUGACGGGUUAGAUAAUAUUCCACAGGCCCUCGACGAUGCAAAUGCUACAACUGGUGAAAUAGGAAGCUCCCUCUGCUCAGAGCCUCCUGCAACAGGUCUGGGACGAAUCUCUCCCAACUCUGAAGGGGAAAACCAAGUAGCCCAGGAGCAGGAGCUGUUGGCCGAACUAGACUUGGGCCCUAAUUUCUUACUUGGGGAGCAGACCAUUCAGUCAGCCGUCCUUCCAGAGCUGGUCGAGGCAGAGCAGCUCGACCACGUGAUAGGAGAAGACUCGGUCCCCGUGGACACUUCUCAGCAGGUCUGUGUCCAUACAGUACCACCCCUGCCAAAGCUUUCCCCGUGUCAAGAGGAGCCCCGCUCAGCAGAUUCAGGCCAUGGCUCCCCAGCAGAAAGCAAAGGUGACAGUCCUAUCACUUGCCUUCCGCCUGAGAGGUCUUUCCUGUGCUUCGCCCCAGAGAGCCAACCUGAAAGCUCCAACAGUCUCAGUAGGGUCACCUCCUUCAGUUUCGCUGGCAUGAAUGAAGUGGUGCCUGCCGGGAUUGGCAUAGAACACUGCCGAUGUCAGUUCCCCUAUGCCACAUGCUUCCGUGGUCUGCAGCCUGAGACAGAGGAAGAAGACGGGGACCCACAGUCACACCCUGCCGCCCCUCUUACCUCACCACCCUCUGCAGGAAGCCAGGUGACCCUGCCCUGGAGGGCAGCCCGUGCCUACAGCUGCACCACACCCCUGCCCAGGAAAAGCCACAUCUGGCCAGAGUACUGCUCCAGGGCUCUGAGGCAGCUGAAAACUGCCCCUGCAAAUGCCCCUGAGGGCUUUGUCCAACUCACAGAGAGCCUGCUGGAGCUACAGGACAUUUUAGAAGCCUCCUGGGGGGUUGGAAACAAACACCCCCCUGACAAGUGCACCUGGCAUUUUUCAGAAAGCCGGAGCCGCCUGUGCAUGGGCUCACAGAAGCUCCUAUCCAGCUGUCAGCAUGUGAUCAGAAUGGACCAGUCCCCUGAGGAGAUGCAGGGUGCUGUGCGGGUCACUUUCCAGCACCUGGUCCAGCUGGCCGGCCUCUGCUUCCAGUUCACAGACUGUAGCCGCUGUUCCACCCGGCACAGGGAAGUGGCCGGGAACCUGAGGGACGUGGUAUAUACCUACCACCAAUUCGUGGAGGCCGCAAAACUCACCUGUGAGAGAGGUUACCAUGACCUCAGUGUGAAACUCUUGGCCCGCCAGUGCACGGCCCUCACAGCUGCUGUAUUCUGUUUGACCCAGAAGUUCCGGGCAUCCACUGCUCUGUGAACAGGUCACCGACACAGAGCCUUUACCUUGCCUGGAAGGUUCUCCAAGGAGCCUCUUCUAGUUCACCCACUCCUUUAAAUGUUUACGUCAUAGAGUAUUAAAAUAAACUGCUGCUUAAUCUUGUCUUGUUCUGAGCGAUGGUAAAUUUGGAUUAAAAAUGUUCCCUCAUGCUCAA